AUGGCUUUGGAGGUUUGGGGUGGAAAGGCGUUGGCUCUGGAGGAGGGGUGGGAUGAUUUCUGUAAGCAUGUUCGUUUUCGAAUUAGGGAUGGUAGGAGGAUCAGAUUUUGGGAGGAUCUUUGGUGUGGGGAUCUUCCUCUUGCGCUCGCUUUCCCACGGCUUUACAGGAUAGCUUCUCAUAAGCAGGCCUUGGUGGUUGACUGUUAUAAUCUUGAUAACGGGAGACUGACUUGGGAUGUUCAGUUUAGUAGGCACUUCCAGGAUAAGGAGAUUGAGGAGGUCACCCGGUUUUUGGCCUUUUUGUAUCGUCAGACGAUCACUGCUGGGGAUCUUGAUUGUUGGAUUUGGAUACCCAACCCUCAGGGUCGUUUCGAGGUGAGGUCCUUUUUCAAGUGUCUUAUGGUUGGCGCUGGAGGCUUUUUUCCUUGGAAGCCUAUUUGGCGAUCCAAAGCCCCCCUCAAGGUGGCCUUCUUCGCGUGGACUUCUGUCUUGGGUAGGAUUUUAACCCAGGAUAAUUUGAGGAGGAGGAACCAGGUGGUGAUUACCAGAUGUUAUUUGUGUUUGCAUGAUGAGGAGACUAUUGAUCACCUUCUAUUGCAUUGUAGCAUGGCUAGGGGCUGUUGGGACUUGAUGAUUGGGUUGUUUGGGAUCCCGUGGGUGAUGCCUAGCUCCACUAGAGGGUUGAUUGAGGCUUGGAGAGGAUUUUCAGUGGGGGCUCUCAUUUGGGACGGUUGGAGGGCUACGCCUCUUUGUGGAGGGAUUUUCGAUCUGUAG